CUAAUGGCAUAAUAUUUACUUCAACCUGCGAAAUUUAUUUUAUUUUGUGAAAAUAAGUUAUAAAAUAUUAGACAACAAAUCUUGGGAACGUGGACAAUAACAAUAAGAUGUUACAUUUUUAAAAAAUCCAACGUUUCUUUGGCUUUAUUUCCAACUUCUUCAGGCAUACUGUACAAUGCAAGGGAUAAUUUACUUGAUUUUUUGGAUCGGCGUUUGUCAAGGACAAUUAAAUUACGAAGGGAAUCCAUUAACUGAAAACACGGAGUUCACCGCUGAAGAGACACAUUACCAUACAAAUUAUGACAGGAGAAAAUUAAUAAAACAAUUAAAUAACAAUACAGCAGACAUAAAUGUCACGACAGGCAUUCAUGCUUAUAAUAACACAAAAAACACAUCAAGUAUUUUAAUUAAACCGGGAUCUAGUGACAAAAAUGACGAUCAAUUACUAAAAGUGGCUAGUAAUUUAAAUCCAAGCCCCGCAGGUACAUUGAAGCUUCAAGUGUCGCCUGUAAACCCGUCAAGCAAAGUACACGAUUUUACGGCCAGUAUGCAAAUGAAAGCGCGGCAAUAUCCGCCCGAUCAAAGUAGAAAUUUCAAUAAAGUCCAAGUCACGGCCAGACAGAUCGGGUCAUCCUCAUCAGUCAUCUCCAAUGAAGCGCUUAAUACUUUUUUGAAUUCACGAACCCCCGCGGAAUCUCAGUUUGCUUUGGAUAAUUACUUGCAAUCAACUUCGUCACAAGUUGAUGCACAAGAAGUCCGUCCCGUUAAUGUUAAUGUCGAUAACAUGAACACCAACACCAACACCAACAACAACAUUAAAUUUUACGAAGUUUUGCCAUCAGCUUCAGCGGCAUCAUCAUCGUCCUUAGUCGCCGUUGAUCAACAAUUAAACACCGGACAAGUGGAUAAUGCUGUAUCUAAUUUCCAGCCAGUGACAAUGGCUGCAAUUACCGAUGUACAACCAGACCACCAAGUCUACCAAACAUAUCCGUUGUGGCAUCAACCAGCGCUGCAAAAUCGGCAUGAUUAUAUUCAAAGACGUCGGCCUUACUACCGCGGAGGAAUGGGUAGAUAUCGGCAGCGUAUACAGCCACGUCUUAGCCAUGGUUAUGUAGGAAAAGGACCAGGACUAGGUCCUCCACCGGGACCAAUUGGAUUAGGUCCAGGUCCUAUGGGUCUAGGUCCUGGUCCAGUAAGAUUAAACUCUGGACCGGUAGGACCAGAUCCAGUGCCUUAUGCUUCUAAACCAGAAAUAAUUUAUACAAAACCACCCGGAGCUAGUCUCGGGUAUCCACCAGGACCAGUAAAUAAUCUUCCUUAUGAAGAUGCAAGUGCUCAUUUCUCAGCUCUAAGUCAUCCACCUCCACCCAAAGAAAAUGUUUAUUACUCUCAGCUGUAUGCGCAGUCCUAUGACCCGCAUUAUUACAAUUACAUUGCUAAAACGGGAAAAAUAAAACCCUGGCUUUACGGUAAGCUAGGUCGCCAACCGGAAGAAACAAGUUUUUGGGGUGAAUUAUUCCAAAGUUUUAUGAAACAUGGAAUGAAAAAUAUGAUGAAUCCAAUGUUUCUUCUUGGGCUCUCUAUACCCGCAAUUACGCUUAUGCUGUCAGCGAUAGUGCCUAAGCGCUCUUUUGGUAGAUCCUCGAAUAAUUACGGGGAUUAUUUAACUGAAGAAAAGAUAAAUGAGCUUGCGGAGAGAGUACGUCAAGCUGUCAAGUGCUACGAGAGUAAUAAAUUAAGUGACAAAAGUAAUUGUUGGUAGUUUUUUUCAUAUUUAUUAAUUAACUAAUUUAUUAUUUAUUUAUUGUGACUUUUAAGUGCAAUUUAUAUUAGUAUCUUUGAAUUUCUUCUCUCAUAACAUUAACUCUAUCAAUCGGAUCACAUUCAAUGGAUUUCGCUACUAGCAAGUACCUCAUACAAAAUAUCCAUGCUACAGUUUACAUAGUUGCAAUAAAGUGAUUAUCAUUAAUUGUGAUUACAGAAUUACAGAUCAAGAUCAUACUUCAGACAGUUUUUUUUUUUUUGUUAUGAUUUUGCAAACUAUUGUGUUCUACUAACGCGAAAGUGAAAUUUUAUUAUUUUAUUAUUUGUGGAUGUAUUUUAUUUUUAUAGUCUGUGGAUUGGAUGGUAGAUAAAGCUAUUGAGUGAAUGAAUGACUAAGUUUAAAUAACGCAUCUGAGUACUGAUUAAAGACAGAGGUUCAGGGUCGUAAACCUUGUGGUCAAUUCGGCGCCAUUUAAAUUGCAGACUGUUCACGAACCAAUUAUUAUAAAAUUAUUUUAAUUAGACAAUUUAAAGCCUAACCUAUGGGUCAUGAGAUCCAGACAUUACCUCUAUUCUAGCUACAAUUAACUACGCGGCUUUGAAUUGUAUUUUUUUUUUUUUCAUCUAUUUUUAGAUAACAUUGACAAGGGACUUAAGAAAUACAAAAAAAUAUAUUUAGCGAGUUCGAUAUUGUUUUUAAUUUGUUUAAUUUUUUUUCGUUUUCAUUUACAUUUGCUUUUGCUGAUUCUCUAAUGAAUUAAUUAAAGCACUUUCUUCGUUAAUAUAACAAUGAGGUAUCCUAAUUGUUUACGGCAAGACAAGGGAUGCUCUACAUCCCGUCAAUUAUGUACAGUCUACUAAAAAUAUUUUACAACUUUAAUGAUUAUUAUUAUUUAUUACUUUUUUUUUUUUUUUUUUUUUAUAAAAAAUAUAUGUAUUCUGUAUAUAAUGUAUAGUUGUCCGUAUGUAAUUUAAAUAAACUCGCAUUUUAAUUGCGAAAAAAAAAAAAUCUAAUUGAAAGACAUACUACUAAAGCGUAGUUACUUCGAUAUUUUUUUUUUUAAUUGCUUACACACAAUUCUACUUUAUGUGACUAAUUGGACGUUGAUUAUUUUCUUAUAAAUGACUACUCAAUUAUAAUCAACGAUUAUUUUUACUAAACAUUCAUUAAUUAUUGUUUACAAACAAUUGUAUUUACAAUUUUCAUAAAUUUCAAUAAUCCCUAGUUAACAUGUAUAUUUGCACCUGUCGAUUCGAUGUCUGAUAACAGUGUACAAAAGUUUGUACUUUUUGAACACUCGAAUUCGAUUAAAAAAGACUAUUAAAAAAAAAA